UUUUGAGUCAGCGGCCACGGCAUCGCAGCGGUAUAAAUACGAGGCCGGAGAGAGUUGAGACUCCACAGUUCGUCGAGUUCGCCCAGAGGAAGUGACAACUGACAGAAGACGCUCCAGCCGGCAUUUACCAUCAAAGACUUCAGCUUACUGAACAAUAUGGAGAACAUGAAGAGCGCAAGGAAGAAUGACAGCGGGGAAGCUGGCAGUGAUUUAUCAGAGCAGAUAAAAGCCGCCACUAAAGACAACCACGUGAGAGCCGAGAACACGCAGCUGAUGCUGAGUUACCAGAAAGGACAGAUCACCCUGCAACAGUACAAGGUCCUGCUCUGCUCCCUCUACGAGAUCUACAAGGCGCUAGAAGAGGAGCUGGACAGGAAUUCCUCCCAUCCAGCUGUCGCCCCGAUAUAUUUCCCUCAGGAACUGGCCCGUGUGGAGUCACUGGAAAGCGAUCUGGAGCAUUUCUUCGGCUCGGACUGGAGGAAGAGGGUGGUAGUUCCUGCAGCCACGCACAGAUAUGAGCAAAGGCUACGAGAGGUGGGCAAAAAUAACCCAGAGCUCCUCGUGGCCCACGCCUACACCCGAUACCUCGGGGACCUAUCAGGGGGACAAGUGCUGGGAAAAAUCACCCAGAAGUCUCUCGGGCUGAGCAGCAAAGAGGGGCUGUCAUUUUUCGCCUUCCCCGGCGUCUCCAGCCCGAACCGCUUCAAGCAGCUGUACCGGAGCCGCAUGAACAGCAUCGAGUUGACAGAGGAGGAGAAGGCGGCGGUGCUGGAGGAGGCCGUGUCGGCCUUCGAGUUCAACAUCCAGGUUUUUGAUGACUUGCAGAAAAUGCUGAGUGUCACAACGGGAACCGGGGACCAAUCAAGCGCCACCUCCCCAGCGGUCGGGCUUAGAUCGUCACCCGUCGUGCAACUCACCGUGGGAUUAUGCGUCGCUCUGGCCACUAUCGGCGUGGGAAUCUAUGGCUUGUAGGCUUUACUCGCAUUUAUACCGAUGAUACGCACUAUCAGCACUUUACUCAUUUCAAUGAAAGAAAUCAAAUCACUGUCAUUUGUACCUGAUUUAUGUAACAAAUCACAGAUUGAUUGACUCAAUAUCAAACUGUUUUGUAUCUUAAAAUGAUUUGUGUCUAAUAAAGAACCAGAAUAAGUCUCUUAA